UAUUAUGGGAUCAACAAUGAAUUGUUUGACAAAUGUUUUGUUCUGCAUUAUAAUUACAACAAAUAUAUAUGUUAUUCAGUCUAAUUUAGUAGAACAGUGUUCAAACAUUAAUGAGUUGAGGCUAAGUGACCUAAAGACUUUUAGCAAGUCAAUUUUACCUGAACUUGAUGGCAAAGGUAAAGGGGAGGCAGGUAAAAUUGGUAUUAUUGGCGGGUCUGUGGAAUAUACUGGAGCUCCCUAUUUCGCCGCUAUAUCAUCGUUAAGGGCUGGAGCUGACCAGGUAUAUGUCAUAACAACAGCGAAUGCAGCCCCUAUCAUAAAAGCAUAUAGCCCAGAUCUUAUUGUUUACCCUUUUCUUAAUUCAAAUUCUGCCUCAAAGCUCAACUAUAUCCUAUCAAAAAUGGAUGUAAUUGUCCUUGGACCAGGAUUAGGUAGAGAAGAUGAGGCUAUACAUUUAGCCUAUGAAAUAAUGCAAACAUGUAAAUCUUUAAAGAAACCAAUGGUUAUUGAUGCUGAUGGUUUAUUUGCAGUAUAUCAGAACAUUUCUGUUUUAAAAGAUUACCCAAGUCCAGGUGUUAUACUUACUCCAAAUAAAAGAGAAGCAAAUCGUUUAAUGCAAGCCGUUCAGGCAAAGAAUUUAUCUUGGUAUGAAUACUGGGGAAGCAAUGUGUCAGUUUUAGCUAAAGGUGAAUACGACACCUUUCUUUCUAGUGUGGGCGCUGUUAAAUGGUCGUCAAACGAAGGUGGCUCUAGUCGUAGAGCUGGCGGUCAGGGUGACAUUUUAUCGGGAAGCUUAGGGACAUUUUUCAACUGGGCUUUAAAAACAAAUUACUUUUGUACAAAAGGAAAAAUAACACCAUUUUCUCAAAGUGUUGCAGCUUAUGCCGCUGCGAGGUUAACAAGGUCAUGCAAUUCAAGAGCUUACAAGAUUUAUGGUCGAAGUAUGAUAGCUUCAGAUAUGUUGAAAGAAAUACAUAAAGCAUUUGAGGAGCAAUUUCUUUAA